UGGAGGCUCUGUAGUAAGCAGCAUGUCUGCUCUCAACACGUCAGGCAAGAGGCUCGGGAUUUAGAGGGAUCGCCUCUGAAAGCUAGAAUGAGGUGUUCUUGGUAACUUCAGACUUCAGUGCCGUCCCCCACGGAAACCACAGUCAGCAUCGUGUUCUGUGGGAAGCCUGCAGUGGUUUAUCGCUGGUGGUGGUUCUGCCCUAGACUCUCCCUCUCCACAGUGAGCUGACAGUGACGGCGCUGGCGGGCACGGGUGGAUGGAGUGGGGAUGUAUAGGGAAAAGCGAUCAACACGUGCCAAGGGUUCUCCACAGCAGAAAUAGCCCUGCAUGUGUGGAGAAAUAGGCUGCGGAACGCGUGUUGCUUCAUGGCCACCAACUCUUCUGCAAAAAAGAGAAGCUCACGCGGAGGCCGAGGCCAAGGUGCACACAGCCACCGUCUGGAUACCCGUGCAAUCGACGCCAAUGUUUGAAGAGUCACAGAGCGUGAAAAUGAACCCAAGGGAGAAGUGGUGAAGUCACGUCGAGGGGGCGUCUCCGACUCUGACCUACUGAGGAAGCAGAUCGGAUCCAAGGAGCACCCUGGGCAACUGAGUGCAGAGUGACUACAUCUGGAAGGGGGAAAAAAUGUAGUUAUCGAUCCCAAUCAACUGUUUGUGUCUCUGAAAUUAUCAACAACAUCUGGUCAAGAAAGGUUCUGCUCGGCCCCACAGACAUAUGGCUGUCCAAGGAGCCACAUAAAGAUGGAGAAAUGGAGGCACAGGGAUAUUAAGUGACUUCGCCUCAGUCCCAAGCUGGGGAGAGAACCAGGAAGAGAACAUAGAGGGACCCUGACUCCGGGCCGUGUCCUGCCCACGGAGCCACGCUGCCUCCCUUCCUAGGAGAGAAGACGUCCCGCAAGAUGGAGGUGGACGCCGAGGAGAAGCGCCAUCGUACACGGUCCAAAGGGGUUCGAGUUCCCGUGGAACCAGCCAUACAAGAGCUCUUCAGUUGUCCCACACCUGGCUGUGACGGCAGUGGUCAUGUCAGUGGCAAAUAUGCAAGACACAGAAGUGUGUACGGCUGCCCCUUGGCUAAAAAAAGAAAAACACAGGACAAGCAGCCCCAGGAACCCGCUGCGAAGCGGAAGCCGUUUGCCGUGAAGGCCGACAGCUCCUCGGUGGAUGAGUGCUACGAGAGUGAGGGCUCCGAGGACGUGGACGAGAAGGAGGAGGAGGAGGAGGACGAGUUCUCGGACGACGAGGACGAGCCCCGCGAGGAGGAGGAGGAGGACGAGGAGGGCGACCGUGAGGACGAGGAGGAGCUCGAGGAGGAGGAGGAGGACGAGGACGAGGACGGAGAGGACGUGGAGGAGGAGGAGGAGGACGAGGAGGAGGAGGAGGACGAGGAGGAGGAGGACAACGAAGACCAUCAAAUGAGCUGUCACAAUACUCGGAUAAUGCAAGACGCGGAGAAGGACGACAACAACAAUGAGGAGUAUGACAAUUACGAUGAGCUGGUGGCCAAGUCCUUGUUGAACCUCGGCAAGAUCGCUGAGGACGCGGCCUACCGGGCCAGGACGGAGUCGGAGAUGAACAGCAACACCUCCACCAGCCUGGAGGACGGCAGCGACCGGAACGAGACCCUGGGCCGGAAAAGCGAGCUGAGCCUGGACCUGGACAGCGACGUCGUGAGAGAGACGGUGGACUCCCUGAAGCUGCUGGCCCAAGGACACGGGGUGGUGCUCUCCGAGAACCUCCACGACAGAGCGUACGCGGACUCUCUGUCGCAGCAGGACGGCAGGAACGUGAACUAUGUGAUGCUGGGGAAGCCCAUGAACAACGGGCUCAUGGACAAGAUGGUGGAGGAGAGCGAUGAGGAGGUGUGUCUGAGCAGCCUGGAGUGCCUGAGGAAUCAGUGCUUCGAUCUGGCCCGGAAACUGAGUGAGACAAACCCGCAGGACAGGACCCAGCCGCAGAACACGAGCAUCCGUCAGCAUGUCCGCCCAGAGGACGACUUCGCGGGGAGGACGCCGGACAGGAACUACUCCGACAUGAUGAACCUGAUGCGGCUCGAGGAGCAGCUGAGCCCCAGGUCUAGAACUUUCUCCAGCUGCGCAAAGGAGGACGGGUAUCACGAGCGAGAUGACGACACCACCUCCGUGAACUCAGACAGGUCUGAGGAGGUGUUUGACAUGACCAAGGGAAACCUGACCCUCCUGGAGAAAGCCAUUGCUCUGGAGACAGAGAGAGCGAAGGCCAUGAGGGACAAGAUGGCGAUGGAGGCCGGAAGGCGGGACAAUGUGCGGUCGUAUGAGGAGCAGUCGCCAAGGCAGCUUCCCGGGGAGGAGAGGAAGCCUAAGUCCGGUGACAGCCAUGUCAAAAAGCCAUACUAUGGUAAAGAUCCCUCGAGAGCAGAAAAGAAAGAGAGCAAGUGUCCCACCCCGGGGUGUGAUGGAACCGGCCACGUAACUGGGCUUUACCCACAUCACCGCAGUCUGUCCGGAUGCCCGCACAAAGAUAGGGUCCCUCCGGAAAUUCUUGCCAUGCAUGAGAAUGUUCUCAAGUGUCCCACUCCGGGCUGCACAGGGCGAGGGCAUGUAAAUAGCAACAGGAACUCGCACAGAAGCCUCUCUGGAUGCCCUAUUGCUGCAGCAGAGAAAUUGGCAAAGGCCCAAGAGAAACACCAGAGCUGUGAUGUGUCCAAGGCCAACCAGGCCUCAGACCGAGUGCUAAGGCCAAUGUGCUUUGUAAAGCAGCUCGAGAUCCCUCACUACGGCUACAGAAACAACGUCCCCACGACCACGCCUCGCUCCAACCUGGCCAAAGAGCUGGAGAAAUAUUCCAAGACCUCGUUUGAGUACAACACUUACGACAGCCAUACUUAUGGCAAGCGGGCCAUAGCUCCCAAGGUGCAAACCAGGGAUAUAUCCCCCAAAGGAUAUGAUGCAAAGCGGUACUGCAAGAACGCCAGCCCCAGCAGCAGCAGCACCAGCAGCUACGCGCCCAGCAGCAGCAACAUGAGCUGCGGGGGCGGCAGCAGCGCGAGCAGCACGUGCAGCAAGAGCAGCUUCGACUACGCGCACGACGUGGAGGCGGCGCACAUGGCCGCCACGGCCAUCCUCAACCUGUCCACGCGCUGCCGCGAGAUGCCGCAGAACCUGUCCACCAAGCCGCAGGACCUGUGCGCCGCGCGGAACCCUGACAUGGAAGUGGACGAGAACGGGACUCUGGACCUCAGCAUGAACAAGCCACGGCCACGGGAGAGCUGCUGCCCGGUCCUGACGCCCCUGGAGCCCAUGUCCCCCCAGCAGCAGGCAGUCAUGGGCAGCCGGUGCUUCCAGCUGGGAGAGGAUGACUGCUGGGAGCUGCCCGUGGACUACACCAAGAUGAAGCCUCGCAGGGCCGACGGGGGUGACACCGCCGAGGUCCCUCCAGAAGACUUGGACCCAUUCCAGGAGGCUCUGGAGGAGAGAAGGUACCCGGGAGAGGUGACCAUCCCCAGCCCCAAGCCCAAGUACCCCCAGUGCAAGGAGAGCAAGAAGGACUUAAUAACAUGUCCAACACCAAGGUGUGAUGGAAGUGGUCAUGUGACUGGUAAUUACGCCUCACAUAGAAGUCUGUCGGGCUGCCCCCUCGCCGACAGAAGCAUUCGGAGCAUGCUGGCCACCAGCUCGCAAGAACUCAAGUGCCCCACCCCUGGCUGUGAUGGCUCUGGGCACAUCACCGGGAACUAUGCUUCUCACCGGAGUCUUUCAGGUUGCCCAAGAGCAAAGAAAAGCGGCAUCAGGAUAGCACAGAGCAAGGAAGACAAAGAAGACCAGGAGCCCAUCAGAUGUCCCGUUCCCGGAUGUGACGGCCAGGGCCACAUAACCGGGAAGUACGCCUCCCAUCGAAGCGCGUCGGGGUGCCCCUUGGCCGCCAAGAGACAGAAGGACGGGUACCUCAAUGGCUCGCAGUUCUCCUGGAAGUCGGUCAAGACGGAGGGCAUGUCAUGUCCCACGCCGGGCUGUGACGGGUCAGGGCACGUCAGCGGCAGCUUCCUCACACACCGGAGCUUGUCGGGGUGCCCACGAGCCACGUCAGCCAUGAAGAAGGCGAAGCUGUCGGGAGAGCAGAUGCUGACUAUCCGACAACGGGCCAGCAACGGCAUAGAAAACGAUGAAGAAAUCAAACAGUUAGAUGAAGAAAUCAAGGAGCUCAAUGAGUCCAACUCCCAGAUGGAGGCCGACAUGAUUAAACUGAGAACUCAGGAGAUGCUCCCGGGGCAUGUACUGUCCUUUCUGUUUUCCAGAAAACAACCCAGAGUCGGCCUGACUCACCUAGCGCAGAUCACCACGAUGGAGAGCAGCCUGAAGACCAUCGAAGAGGAGAACAAAGUGAUCGAGCAGCAGAACGAGUCUCUUCUCCAUGAACUGGCCAACCUGAGCCAGUCCUUAAUUCACAGUCUAGCUAAUAUCCAGCUGCCACACAUGGAUCCAAUCAAUGAACAAAAUUUUGAUGCAUACGUGACUACUUUGACGGACAUGUAUACAAAUCAAGACCGUUAUCAGAGCCCAGAAAAUAAAGCCCUCCUGGAAAAUAUAAAGCACGCUGUGAGAGGAAUCCAGGUCUGAGCGGCUGCUGAGGUGGCGGGACCUUGUUGGAAGGGGGCCUUUUACUCCUUGCUGCUGUGACUCGCCAGAAAGUGUCACAUACCUAUUUCUGUUGGAAACAGUGUUACGCUCACAAGACUUCAUGAUGAUUUUCUGUCUUGCUUUAAAGAUAGUUACCUGCAGAAUAGUUUUUGAAUACAUUCACAUUUUGUACGUUUUCAUAUGAGCUGACAUAGUGUGACAAUGCCAUGUAAUGUUUAUAGCUGCUAACGUCUGCACACUUGGGGGUAUAUAUAUUUCUGAAGAGGUAAGCUGAUCAAAAUAAAUAGAGUGUAAAUUCUUUUUAAUGCUUUAGUGAUUAAAUGUUUUAGUAUUUUGGACUGAAAUGGACAAAAAAAAAAAAAACCCACAGCUUUGAAUGAUCAUGUGGUGGCCUCUCAGCCACUUUUUAGACAUUAUCAUUUUGCCUCAUGUUGGAGGAUUUUAUGGAAUUAAGAAAUACAUUUUGUGUGCAUAUUGUUUCAUAGCAAGAAUCGGUUGCAAAAAAAUGCUUUAUUUUUGAACAAUGCUUGGAAAUAUUAUGUGAUUUUUUUGUUUGUUUGUUUUAGGAGGAUGGUGUAUGGUGGGGGCAGUAAAUGAGGUUUUUUGCAUUCCAAGGAAAUGGCAUAUGGAUUAACUGUAAGAGAUGAGAUAAGUAAUUUAUUGUAAGACAACAUCAAGCCAUGGAAAUUUGGCAGAAGAUUCAAAGCAGCUUAAACAGCACUUUUAAGUUAACUCCUGAGCAUUACAUGGUGUGACUCUGGGAACUUCAGUUCAGACAGGGGCUUGUUAGAGGUGGACCGCGUGAAGAUUUCCUUUUGCAGUGUCUGUAGACUUUGGAGCAGCCUUCCCCUAUCUCCCCGAGAGCGCUGUGCCCCUCGGAACCCUCUGUCAUUGGAAUGGCGUGUGUCUCACAGAACCUGUGUGCUCUCUUUAAGUUCAGAGCUAAUUUAAGAGUAUUUAUUUCCCCUCUCUCCACUUUCAAAAAUGAUUACUAUCAUUGUCGCUGUGAUUAUUCCUCCACGUUCGGGGGAUAAGGCAAAUGGUGUGCUAGUCCGUGAGCUACUGCACGCGCUUUCUGCUGGGCAGGAGGGCUGGGAGGUGGGGGCGGGGGGAGGGGGCUGGCCGCCCCCGGCCCGUCUCCCCCGUCCCCCGCAGAGUGCUCCGCAAAUGACCUUCCUGUUGCAACUCCCCUUGGAGACCAGGUGACCACGGGGCAUUUGCAUACCCUUGCUGUUUGAUUUGUCACAACCUAUUCUAAGAAUGAAUGCAAUCAGAUUUUAAGAGUAAUUCUCUAUACUUGAGCACUUUUUUGCUUUACACUAGAUCAUCUUAGACUUGCUUAUACUUGGAGAUUUGAUUGUUUCCUUCCAAUGACUGCACUAUAUGUAUGCAUAAGACCACUUUUGAUUGCCGCGUUCCCCCGUCCCUUCUGAGUAGUCCCUAGGACGGCGUGUUGUGUUUUCUGGUGUUGACUUGAGUUACAUGUGACAGCAUCUCUUCCUUCCAUGUCUUGAUGUUAUGCAGGAAGUACAGAAGUACUUUAAAAUUUUGUUAUGAAAAAAAAAGAUGGGUUUUGUAAAAAUAAAAAAAAAUAUUUUUAGCAGAACAGGACUUACAGGGUCAUUGUCCCCACAACGUGCCAGUCGACUAUUUGCACUUACCUUGUCCUAUAUUAUCCAUACGGAGGUGUGCAAUUCCUGGGGUCAGCGGCCUCGCGAGGCUGACCCCGGAAGGAUGAGGGGAGCCCUCACGGCUGACCCGACGAUGUUGCUACGGGAGAUUACAGGGAUCUCACAGCAAAUAUUCUGAUACAAUACUCAACCUCGGUGUAUAUAUAUGUAUAAAUAUAUGUACAUCCCAGCGGCACUUUAUACUCUGCUCACUGUACAAACGCUCACAGUUUUCCACGAGGACUUGAAUAGCGAGCUGGGACAGAUGAUGGAAUUCCCCGGGGCUCCGCCGCGCCGUCCCUGGAGCGCGCCCUCUUUCUGUUGUGCGACUAAUUGUAGCUGCCAUGCUCAGAAUUGCCUUUCGAGAGCUGAAGCAAGGUGCUUCUCGUCACCUGAUGCCGUGGACCCCGUGGGGGGCCCCCUCCCUGCAGGGGCCCGCUGUUCACAUGGGCAUAUGCAUUUCCCCGCCGCGUCGUGUCUGCAGCUUUUUUGCCAAUAUAGUAAUGCUUUUAGUAGAGUGAUAGGUAGUAUCAGUUUUGGAUUCUUCUUGUUAUCACCUAUGUACAAUGGAAAGGGGUUUUAAGCACAAAUCUGCUGCUCAUCUAACGUUGGUACAUAAUAUCAAAUCAAAAGUUAUCUGUGACUAUUAUAUAGGGAUCACAAAGUGUCACAUAUUAGAAUGCUGACCCUUCAUAUGGAAUUAUUGUGAGUCAUCAGAGUCUAUUUAUUAUAACUUAUUGUUCAUUAUCAUUUCUAAGUUAAUUUAAGUAAUCAUUUAUUAAGACAGAAUUUUGUAUAAAUAUUUAUUGUGCUCUCUGUGGAACUGAAGUUUCAUUUAUUUUUGUACUACACGGCAUGGGUUUGUGGACACUUUAAUUUUGCUAUAAAUGUGUGGAAUCACAGGUUGCAGUGACACUUCAUUUUUAAAUUGUGAAAUUUGUACAAAUUUUGUCAUGCUGGAUGUUAACACAUCUUACUCUAAAUAAAAAAGGUGUUGCCACAUUUGUAGCACGAUGGA